AUGCCUGAACCUUCCACUCAGUCCACUGAAACUCAGUCAGUCGCCGAGGGUCUCUUGGCAAACCAACCCAAAGACGACCGGGACAGUGUCUACACUCAAUCGCCCGGAAGUACGCAUAUCACCACUGGGCAUUCGAAGGCUGCGUCUCAUGCCGAAUCGAUCCCUAGAGACGAUGUCUACAGUCUCGAUAGAACCUCCGAGGCCGGAAUACCGGAUCUGACUUCCAGAAGUUCGCCUAUGUCUGAGAGGUCACAUGAUCCACGACAGAGCCACGAGCACUCCAGGGCAGAUGCGUCCAUGAAGGAGAACGCUGACCUUGAGGACGAGAUCGGAUAUCCACCAAUCGACAAAGAGCAUUUCGAAUUGCUCAAGACCAAGCACAAGGAGUUAUUAGCCCAAUCCGAAAAGUCAUCUUCCCUCCGUUGGCUCUUCCAGGCAAUAGACCUCGAGGACACCGUCAAACAGACGAUUCCCACGCUUAACGAGGACAAUUUGUCUGAAGGCGCUUUCCUGGCACAGUUGGAGCUGUGGCUACACGUGCUCCAGGACCGCCGCCAUACAGCUUUGAAGAAUCUCGAAGAUAAAGAAAUGCCUUCGCCACCUGCGUCUAUGAACGACUCCAGUCUCCUCACCGCAGAUGAACAGCCCCAAACCACUCAUACUAACCGGUUCAGUGACGGCGAGACGCAUUCUCCCUUGAGUGAUGCCACCGGAGAAUCGUCCCACAACGACAAUUCCAAUAUGUCAUCCUCUGCUCACACCGCUUCGGGCAAAGAACCAUCUUUGGGCGGUAACGCUCCGUUGCCACCCGCGGAGACUACCAGAGCCGAGCCUUGCGAUGCUCGAAAACAUCCUUUGUUUCCACCUGCCUCGGCCCUGAGAGAUGCUUGUGGUUUGAAGGGGCCAAGGGGGUUGUCUAGGGGUGUUUCACGUUUCCGCCAUCGCGCCGGGGGGUAUAUGAUCAAGUUGAAGACGGCCACCAUCAGUCUCUUACCCCUCCUUUGUGCCUUGAUGGCCCAAGCCUCCCCAUUACAAGGAGAUAGCCCUAUGGCCAAGCGUGACGUGGUCAAGUUAUCGCGUGGCUGUUACUUAGACAAAGAGGACAACCGCCUUCUUCCUGAUCGUCCCAAGACAUUCAUCGCUCAUGACAAGCUGACGAAGGAAGCUUGUAACGCUGCUUGUGUCCAAGAAGGCUACAAUUUUGCUGGGGUAGAGAAUGGGGAACAAUGCUGGUGUGGGACAUUCGGAACAUGGACAAGCACGGCUACCAAGGUGGACGAUGAGAAAUGCAAUACUCCCUGCACUGGUAAUAAUGACGAGAAAUGUGGGGGGCCAUGGUAUAUCGACGUCACCGACUACGCCAGAAAUGUGGACACUACAGCUAUUAUCUCCGGUUCAGCUACUGCUGCAGAACGUCAACAGUAUCAGCCAGUAGCGACGUACAGCGUAGCCGCUCAUCAGGAACCUGUAGGUGUAUGGGAGAAUCGGGUCCAGUGGGGUCAGGCAUCAGCAUCUGUUGCUGUUGUUGUAGAGGCUAUGAAGCCCACCCUGGCUCCCACUGUUAUAGCGGUCACGUGA